ACAUUGUUCACGUUGGCGAAAGCAAGAGGACGCUUUUUUUCGCGCGCGAGACGUGAGUGAAUUCCAUCGGAUGAACGCUUACGCCUUUGCAUUUUUAACCGUCGUAUUCGUUCGUCUCCCGACUUCUACUCGAGGCAUCCUAUCGGAGUGACUCGCACGCUCGGUCAGCGUCCGAUAUAUAAGUAUAGGGCAUGAGCUUCACUUAUCUCAUUAGUCGUGUGUCAGAGGAAGCAUCGGUCCCAGAUAUGUCGAAUCGCGAAUCCCUGCUUCUGCUGUCGCUUGCGUUCGCGCUGCUUCUCGUCCACGGCGAUGCGGCGCGAAUACCACAACAGGAAUCAACGACGACGACGGAGAAUUGCGGUUACAAGGCUUGCCAUGCCGUCGACCCGAGUAAACUUAACAUUCACUUGGUCGCACACACUCACGACGACGUCGGCUGGCUGAAAACUGUUGAUCAAUAUUACUUCGGAAGUCGCUCCAUGAUCCAAAAGGCCGGCGUGCAGUACAUCAUCGAUAGUGCUGUUCAAGCACUGCUGGCUGAUCCUAAUAGGAGAUUCAUUUACGUGGAGACCGCCUUCUUCUGGAAAUGGUGGCUACGGCAGAACGAAAAGGUGCAGGCCGACGUGAGGAUGUUGAUCAACGAGGGACGACUGGAAUUUAUCGGAGGGGCAUGGAGCAUGAAUGACGAAGCUGUAACUCACUAUCACUCGAUAAUUGACCAAUUCACCUGGGGAUUCAGGCGACUCAACGAUACGUUCGGAAGCUGCGCCAGGCCGCAUAUAGGGUGGCAGAUAGAUCCGUUCGGUCACUCCAGGGAACAAGCUUCUCUAUUCGCACAGAUGGGCUUUGAUGGCAUGCUCUUCGGGCGUAUCGAUUAUCAGGAUAAGGCGAAGAGACUGCGCGAGAAGUCGAUGGAAUUCAUUUGGAAGAGCAGUCCUAGUUUAGGUCAACGGGCGGAUUUGUUCACGGCCGCGAUGUUCAACACUUACAGUCCACCAGCGGGAUUCUGCUUCGACGUUUUGUGUGCGGACGAGCCGAUGAUCGAUGACCCCGAUAGCCCGGACUACAACAUUGAUACCAGAAUCGAAGCGUUUCUCAAAUACGCGCUCGGGCAAGCUCGUCAGUACCGCACGAAUAAUAUCAUAUUGACAAUGGGAGGAGAUUUCACUUAUCAAUACGCGGAAAUGUACUACACGAAUCUGGACAAGCUGAUAAGAUACACGAACGAACGCAAUGGUUCCACGGUCAAUGUGCUCUACUCGACACCCUCGUGUUACUUGAAGGCAUUGCAUGAUGAGAAUCUCCAAUGGCCGACCAAGAGCGACGACUUUUUCCCGUAUGCGAGCGAUCCUCAUGCUUAUUGGACUGGCUACUUCUCGUCCAGACCAACGGUGAAAUAUUUCGAGCGGAUGGGAAACAACAUGCUGCAAGCGAGCAAACAGCUCGUCGCACUGACAGAUCUGAAGAACCACGACAAACAAUUGGAACAUUUCCGCGAGGCUAUGGGAGUUAUGCAGCAUCAUGACGCUGUUACCGGCACCGAGAAGCAGUUCGUCGCGGACGAUUAUGCGCGUAUAUUGUACGACAAUAUGCAUCACGCCGGAGACAUAAUGUCGGAGGCUAUAGGGAAAUGGUCAGGGAUGACGCAAGAUGAUGCGAAGAUCUUCACGUGCUUGGAGCUGAACAUCAGCUCCUGCGCCUUCUCCGAGGAAAGUGACAUGUUCAUGAUAACGGUAUACAAUCCUCAGAGUCGACCGGUCUCCACUUACGUUCGCAUUCCAGUCGAAGGGAACUCUUAUGCAGUUCGAUCACUCAACGAUGGAGUGUAUCCGGCCGUCCAGAUAGUGCCGAUUCCUCAGAGCGUUCAAAAUAUCCCAGGACGAAUGAGCAAGGCGCAGAAUGAGCUUGUCUUCCGUGCUACGAACAUUCCUGCUCUCGGUCUGGUAUCUUACGUCAUAGCUAAGUCUAAGACGCUGGAAGACACACCGCAAGCCGAACCAACGAGUUUUAUAAGCAAUGAGCUGUAUAAUAUAUCGGUCAACGACGACGGUAACGUGAUAGUACACUACAACAAGCAGAAAAACAUGAACUUUGUACAGUCCUUCCAUUACUACGAGGGAGCAGAGGGUAACAACAAAGUCUUCGAAAACAGAUCGUCCGGCGCGUAUAUCUUCAGGCCUAAAAACGCAUCAGUCAAUAAUUUUGACUAUACCGGGACGUACCAAAUCUACAAAGGUCCGGUUGUGGAAGAACUUCAUCUGACGGUAAACGAAUGGAUGAGUCAAGUAGUCCGAAUUUAUUCAGAAGAGGAGCAAGUUGAGUUCAAUUGGCUGAUUGGACCGAUACCUGUGAAAGAUAAGAUUGGCAAAGAGAUUAUCACGAAGUACUCGAGCAACCUGAAAACGGACGGGGAAUUCUACACAGACAGCAAUGGAAGGGAGAUGUUGAAACGUGUGAGAAAUUAUAGACCAACGUGGGAUCUGGAGUUGCACGAGCCGGUAGCUGGGAAUUAUUAUCCGGUGACUAAUAAAAUUGUCAUCAAAGACGAAGAGAAGCAACUGAAGUUGAAUGUCUUGACCGAUCGUGCCCAAGGUGGAAGCAGCAUGGAUGACGGCUCUAUUGAAUUAAUGCUUCAUCGAAGACUCCUGAAGGAUGAUGCGUUUGGCGUCGGCGAAGCGUUAAAUGAAUCUGCAUAUGGCGAAGGUCUAGUAGUAAGAGGCACACAUUAUCUCUUUGGAGGCGGAUCGAAGAACUUGGACGAGUUUGUAUUGAAGGAGAAAGAACUGACCCUCAAAUUGGCCCUACAUCCUUGGAUCUUAGGUGCUCCCGUCACUAACAAUUCUGAGGAUAUGUAUAGUACAUACAGGACCUUCACGUCGGGGCUUAAUAAAUUAUUGCCACUGAACGUGCACAUUCUUACGCUAGAGCCAUGGAAAGAUGGUACAAUUCUGUUAAGGCUGGAGCAUCUCUUCGAGGCUGGCGAGGCACAGCAGAUGUCUCAACCUGUGGAAGUUAAUAUACAGGAUCUAUUUUCGACAUUCUCCAUCUUAUCGAUCGAGGAAACCGCGCUUGGCGCUAAUCAACGACUGAGUGAUAUGAAUCGCAUGAAAUGGGAAGCUGAGACCAAUGAUGUUCUUCAGGAGGCGGAAGAGAACGUGCAACCCGUACAAAUUCAAGACAACGUAACUAAUGUUCUCUUGAAACCGAUGGAAAUACGCACUUUUAUCCUGACAGUGAAGCGUAAACCCCUUUAGUUCUUACAAAGAUGUAUUUGAUUUUUUGCUCAUUGAAUUGAUGUCAUUACCUUUUUUCUACGGUAUUGUACACAUAUAAUUAUUCUAAGUAAUACAAUUACAUAUAAUACGACGUAAAAACACUGUGUUAUGUACAUAUAUUUUACAUUUUCUUUUCUAGUAUACACAAAGGGCUAAAGUUGAAAUAUAAUUGAAAAAUGCCCAACA